CAUUCAUUAGCUCCCAUUUUUUCCUUUCUCUCUUCAAAUCAUCUUCACAUAUUUCUCAUUCUCUUUGCAAAUCCUUCUCAAGUUGGGUCACCCGCUCUUCACUAGCCGCCAACCGAGAAGAUGAACCAGCGCGCCCCUCUAGAAUUUUUAAAAAUGCGAUGAGAUUGAGAUCCCAUACACGGAACCCGACCUUUGACCACACUUGCCGCCGUCAUGUAGACAUCAACAUCUUCUUCACGUACUACCAAUUUCUUCAGCUUCCGAAUCACUUAGUUUGGCGAUCUUAUUCAAUUUAUCUUCUUCAUAUAGUUCUUCAUCCACUACAAAAAAAAAUCGCUAUAGGCAAGGAAUUUGGCACGGAAUCCUUCAGAAUAUUCCCAGACUAACGGGUUUGGCUCGGUUUUGGCUCGGAACAAUUUUCCCAGCCACCCAGCUCGAGCCAAAUGUAUUGGCACGGAAUUUUUAAUCCGUUCCAACUUUGGCACGGUCUUUGGCUAUGCUUUUACAGGACCAAUUUGUCAAUAUAAUCUGAUGUGUUUGUCUCAGAUUCAUUCCGUGCCAACUUGGCUCGGAUUAUGCCGUCACAAUAUAGAUUAUUUUGGCACGGAUUUGGUUCGAAAUUGGCUCGGAAAUGUAACGUCUACAUUUUGGCACGGACGUUGGCUCGGUUUUGGCUCGAAUAAAGUAACGGCUAUUUUUGAAGCAACAUUUGCCUCGGAUAAAAGUUCAAUGAAGCAAACGACUACUUUUUUGGCACGGAUUUUGGCUCGAUUUUGGCUUGAAUUAGCAACGGCUAUUUUUUGACUCAACAUUUGGCUCGGGAAAUAUUCGAGGAAUCCAACGGAUACUUUUUUGGCACGGAAUUUGGCUCGAGGUUGUCGUCAACGCGUAAUGACUAAUAUUUGGUUCAACAAUUGACUAGGAUUUUGGCUCGGUAUAUGUUGGCUAGGAAACUUCCGAGCCAAAUCAAACUAAUUGUGUUUUUUAUUUUGGCACGGAAAUUAUUCCGACACAAAUUGUGACGGUUUUUGGGACGGAAUACGUCACCGGCGAAAACGUUUUACAAUUUAUCGGGAUUGGCACGGAUUUUGUCUCGGAAUAUUAAAAUCCACAUUUUGGCUGGGUUUUUUUGGAGCCAAAUCUGUCACAGUCCCAUGUUUCAAGGUUUUCGAGCCAAAUUCCGAGCCAAACCUGGUUGGGAGUUUGUCCGAGCCAAAUUUCCGUGCCUAUACCGAAGUUUUUUGGUAGUGAUCUACAAAUACAUAAACUAAUUAUAUUAUGACUUUAAAAUUUAUUUAGUGAUUUAUUGUAAAUUUAUAUAAUUAACCCUAUGACUAUUAUGAGUUGAUGAAUCAUGAAUAUUGAUUUUACCACUUUUCUUUCAUACACAACAAUAGGUGCACGCCCCCUACGCCAUUGGGUCUCCUUCGCUUUAUCACAAUUCCGGUUUUUUGUACCGGCUCCGCUUCAUUUCUGAAAGCUCGGAUCAGUUGCCCUUGGAGAUAUAAUUUGGCCUUGGAGAUAUAAUUUGGCCUUGGAGAUAUAAUUUGGAGAUAUAAUGAUGUACAAGUCUAUUCCAAAUGUCCUUGGAGAUAUAAUUUUGUUGGGGAAAACACGACCCCCGACCUCAUCCAGGAUCACGAUCUCAAAUGACUCCUGUACAUUCACUCACUCACUCGUAAUACAAAGAUUCAAUCUAACAAUAUCACUUUGUAUUAUACAAUUGAAAUGUACAAGAGAUAUUUUACAAGUAAACGGGUAGCUCACUUCACUCUUUGUAUAUGAGACUACUUCACUCACACACACACCUCUCUCAAGGAAGCACUCACUCACUCAAGAGCUCUCCUCAAAGCUCUCUCUCUUUCAUCACUUGAGGAGACUCUCUCUAGGUUCUCUCUCUAGGCCCUCAC